UAUCUCAUGUGACAGCAGCUCACAUAGUUACACAGCAUUUAGCUAUAAAUAGUGCAAUGUUGUGAGCUGUAACAGUGACUGUUACUCCAGUCGUCAGCCAUGAGAGAGCAGGUCGUCGUCAUUAUCCUCCUUCUCGCUGCCUCGGGACUUUGUGAAAAGCAAUGCCCGCCAUCUUGGACACAACUGGAGCACUCGUGUUACGUGCUGCUGGAAGAGCUGUUAACGUGGAUUGAAGCAAGGGAGUUCUGUCUGGCGGUCGGCGGCCAUCUUGCUGAAAUAGAAAACGUCAACGAAAAUCGCUUUCUGACCGCCAUCUUGGUAGCUCACAGCGUGAACGGCUCGUGGAUCGGACUGGAGGACCUGACCCAGGAGGAUCGCUUUGUGUGGACCACGAGCCAGCGGGAGGCGGUGUACACCAACUGGGCUCGUGAUGAGCCGAGCGACUCACAGAGGGCUCAGAACUGUGUGUGGCUCACCAACAAGCCCGAGUGGCAGCCACCUGGCGGCUGGGAUGAUGGACAGUGCGGCGCUCACUUCCUCGCCAUGUGCGAACAGCCUCUGCACUGAUUGUCGUCUGGUGGAGCAGGACAACCUGUUUGUCAUGGGUUGACAAUGUGUCAGUGGACGUGAGUCACGUGACUUCUCACUUCGCACUUGUCGUGUGAGUUUGUAAGUCCGUGAAUAAACAGCUCUACACCAUCA